GAACAGCAGUCCCGUAUUACGGAACUCUCUCUUGUGUGUGUGUGUGUGUCUGGGUGUGACAGUGCGAGGGAGAACCGGAGAAGACGAGCGCGAGAGAUGAUAAGGGCGGCGUCUCCGCGGCCUCCGUCCGCCGUGCAGCUACGCAGCUCCGCCGCCUCCUCCUCCUCCUCGGCGUCCCCCUUCAGGGCGAGGGGGUCCGGAAGUAGAGUCGCGGCGACAGGUGGGAGGAGGAGGAGGAACGCUAUCUCCUGCUGCGCGUCCGACGACCGGGAGGGGGCCCGCGGCGCGGCGCCUCCGGCUCCGGCUCCCACGGCUCCUUCCGACGGAUCGAUACAGCUCUAUUCCCAGAUCGAGAAGGUGAUCACGGAGGCGGCGAAGCAGUCCAACCAGGGUUGGAGCUCCACCGGAGAUUGGACCGAAAUCGAGGGGGCGUGGGUGUUGAGGCCCAAGUCCUCGGAGCCCUCGUUUGUCGUUCAUUUCAUUGGUGGGAUUUUCGUCGGGGCUGCGCCGCAGGUCACGUACCGCUACUUCCUUGAGCGUCUCGCAGACAAGGGAGCUUUGGUGAUCGCUACACCAUAUGCUAGUGGCUUUGAUCAUUUCUUCAUCGCAGACCAAGUUCAAUUUAAGUUUGACAGGUGCUUGAGAAACUUGGUAGAACCUGUGAAUGACCUUCCCACAUUUGGUGUUGGGCACUCGUUGGGAUCUGUCAUCCAUCUUCUGAUUGGAUCAAGAUAUGCUGUGCAGCGAAGUGGAAACAUACUGAUGUCAUUCAAUAACAAGGAGGCAAGCCUGGCGAUUCCAUUAUUUUCACCUGUAAUCGUUCCCAUGGCACAGAGUUUUGGCCCAAUAUUAUCCCAGCUGACAUCAUCUCCAACAAUCCGUUUUGGGGCUGAAGCGGCUAUUAAGCAAAUUGAGAAUCUAGGCCCUCCUGUUGUUAAACAACUUCUUCCCUUAAUUCAACAACUUCCUCCACUGUAUAUGGACUUGGUAAAGGGCCGAGAAGACUUCAUCCCAAAACCAGAGGAGACACGCCGGCUGAUAAAAUCCUACUACGGAAUAUCUCGAAAUCUCCUAGUAAAGUUCGAAGAUGAUCAAAUUGAUGAAACCUCUAUCAUUGCACAAGUGCUAAGCUCUGAAUCUGCCAUUAGCUCACUGCUUGAUAUGUCGAUUCGCUCACUUCCUGGGGAUCAUGGCCUUCCAUUGCAACAGGUACUUCCUGACGUUCCACCAGGAAUGGCUGAUGCAGUAAGCCGUGGAGGUGAACUCCUGGCAAAUCUCACAACAGGCACACCAUGGGAGGCUGUUGCUAAGGAGGUAGGUACCACUUUUGGCACUGACUCUGACGUUCUGCGAGCACAGGCCCCUGAGGAUGUCAAUGCACUUGUGGAUGUAAUUGUUUCAUGGAUAGCUUCAAAUUCUGGCCCAAAACUACUUCGUUCAUGAUCACCAACAAUGCUUGGGGAUGUAAAUAACACUGUAGAACCGCAGGGUUUACUGACUACUGACGAAUUAUGAGUAAUUGAAAUUUUGGGUCCCAUGUCAGGGCUAUAUUCUAAUUGCUGAGAUUCGUACUAUCCAGGGAAAUCAAGUAUGAGGGGUAUGCAGGAGUAUUAUAAGAACAUUGAAGAUAAAUUAAAAGAACUUCGAGGGUCAUAUACAUUAUGCUUGCGCUGAGCCACUAAUUGUUACGAAUUAUCUUGUUGCCUUGUUGUUGUUUUCUUUCUUUUUUGUAGCAAUUGCAUGUGCACAAAAUGCAUGCUUCUGUGCCGAGAUAUACUGCCUGACGUGUGUAUUAUCUGUGGUUAUCAUUCUCAGCUUGUGUGGUGUGUUUUGUUUCGAAAAUGCAUUAAGCUCUGUUGUGCUAACGACGGCUAGCAAGAAUGCCGACUGGAGCACUGCGCCUCAUGCAGAGGAAGGCUACACAGCUCAAUGUACCUCUGGGAGCGCUGGCGAACAAGUCACCUUACCACAGUGGCGAAGGCAAGAAUUCUUUCCUGACUCAUCAGAUCUUAUUUUUGGCCUGCAGUAAUGAUGGUAAAGGUUGUAGGUUUAUACUAAGAUCCUUGAGUUAGAACAUUUAUCCUCGUUGCGUGUGAGCUCUUAAUUUGAAAAUGAAUAUGGUCCUAGAUUUUGUCGCCCGGGGUAAGAUUUAAACUGUGCAAUACUGGGAAGACAUUUGUUGCAAGAUCACCGUCAAACUAGACUGAAUAAACCUGUUUUGUUUGUUUUAUGCCA